GUUUCAGAGUCCGACCCCGCCACUGCGAUACUCACACAACACCCCAUUUGCGCGGAUUUAAACUCCUCUUUUGGACUGACUGAACGGGACCCCGAAGUACGCUGUUCAUUGAGUGAUACAAAGUAACUGAAAGGAAUCUUUCCCGCUACUUUAUAGCAAGGGAUAUAGACUUUUAAAUCUGAAACAAAGAUGACUUCAUUCAAUAAGGGACCAGCCUACGGAUUAUCAGCGGAGGUGAAAAGCAAAAUCGCAGGGAAAUAUGACGUGCAAAAGGAGGAGGAGCUUCGGUUCUGGAUCGAGGAGGUGACUGGGAUGGCCAUAGGAGAGAACUUCCAGAAGGGCCUGAAGGACGGAGUCAUCCUGGGAGACCUGAUAAACAAACUGCAGCCUGGCUCGAUAAAGAAAAUAAACCACUCCCAACUGAACUGGCACAAGCUGGAGAACCUUGGCAACUUCAUCAAAGCCAUCCUGGCCUAUGGCAUGAAGCCUAAUGACAUCUUUGAGGCCAACGACCUGUUUGAGAACGGCAACAUGACCCAAGUCCAGAGCACACUGCUCUCCCUGGCCAGCAUGGCAAAGACCAAAGGCAUGCACACGUCGUGUGAUAUUGGUGUGAAAUACGCGGACAAACAGACACGCCAUUUUGACAAUGAGAAGAUCAAGGCUGGACAGUGUGUCAUCGGACUGCAGAUGGGGACCAACAAGUGUGCAAGCCAGGCUGGUAUGACAGCAUAUGGGACCAGGAGACAUCUUUACGACCCAAAGACCCAGACAGACAAGCCUUACGACCAGACCACCAUCAGUCUGCAGAUGGGCACCAACAAAGGAGCCAGCCAGGCCGGUAUGUCCUGCCCGGGAACGCGUCGUGACAUCUUCGACAAUAAGCAGGUGCAGCCGGUGGACAACUCCACCAUCUCCCUGCAGAUGGGCACCAACAAGGCGGCGUCCCAGAAGGGCAUGAGCGCGUACGGCCUGGGACGCCAGGUGUACGACCCCAAGUACUGCGGCUCGCCCACCGAGCCCGUCAUCCAUGCCGACGGGAGCCAGGGCACCAACUGCUCAGAGAUCAGCGACAGUGACUAUCAGGCAGAGGAGUUCCUCCAGGAGGGCGAGGUGGAGGAGUACCCAGUGGCUUAUCAGGAAGAGGACAACUACAGCGACGUGGCCCACUACAACGAGGUCGACCAGGGCAUCGACUAUUAGGGCUGUCCUCUCAGGGCCAUCCGACACUAGCCUGGUACCAGAUCUGUCUGUGCUGCCAAUGACCAUAGGAGUUGGCAACCGGACUAAUCCGGCUCCACCAUAGCACAACACCAACCGCUAGACGGAGCAGUAAACAGUGUGUUUUAUCCACGACAAGCAGAGCAAGUCUUUUCCUCUGUGGUCUUCUUUUUAUUGUAUUUUUUAUUUUUAUUGAAGCCUAAGAGAGAGAAAUAUUGCCUUGAGUUCAUUACUUCUUCACCUCCUCCCAACUCUUCUUCCAUUUGAGCAGCAGUGGUUUCAGUCAGUUGUAGUUAAAGCAUAGAACGUGCUGAGACACAGUGUUGGAGAUGUGCUAUAUUAGGCUUGAGAACAUUCCUUCUAAAUCUACAAUUACAUUAUGAAGUUGUAUCAUUGCAAUCAUUCCACUUUUUUUUAUCCCCAGACUUCCUUUACUGAUUGACUCAUCCCUUUAAAGGAAUUCACACAAUCAUGCCAGUCUUAAAGGUUCACCAGCUGCUUUGAUAUUUUUUUAAAUGUUUACUCAUCUCCUAGCCAACCUAAAAUGACCAAUAUUACUUUCUUUUUUUUAUUGAUACAAAUCAAAGUGAGUGAAAAUGUGGAGGAGUCAGGACAUUUAAUCUGUUUCAUUUUAGUAGGUUUCAAUCUUAACCACUGGACCAUUUAGCUUUUACCUGAAAUCGUGAAGUGAGUACUUUCUAAUGGAUUUUCCAUUAGACCAGACAACCAAACCAGAAUGUCCUGCUUUUAUUGCAAACGGUAUGGCUAAUCUUAUUAUGCCAAUACAUGUCAUUUAACCUUUAUUUAACCAGGAAAAUCGCCUUUGAGGUUAGAAACCUAUUUUUCGAGGGUGACCUGGCAAGAGGUCAACAGGAAGUAGUCAACAUGUACACACAAUACAUUAAAAAACAAUUAGAAUGGUCAAUUACAUUCUCUUCUAUCAGAGCUUUAAACUCAGGCAGCGGCACCCUCUCCUCCAGUUUUAAAGUAUUUUGUAGUUUGUUCCAAGUCCAAGAAGUGUUGUAGGAGAAUGAUUGUUUCCCCCAUUUCAAUACUUUCCCUGGGAACUGAGAAUGAGAGCACUGACAGAGUGGAGGCUGUAGGAUUGUGAUGUUGUUAAGUGAGGAGCAAAGAUACGUAGGGAAGAGUCAAAGAUAUGUAGGGAGGAGCCAAAGCACUGCCUUGUACACACAUAUGUACCCGUGCCUUCUGGUAGGAAGGGAGGGCCACUUCACCAUGUUGUAUAGUUCACAGUGAUGGGUCUUGCAUUAGUUAUAGCCCUAAGUGAUCCAUGAUACACCGCGUCCAGCAUAAUCCAACACAGAUAAAAAUUGCCCUUGUACAAGAUCCUUCCUAUCUGACAUAGGAAAAACAAGAUUUGUUCCUAAAAUAAAAAUCUAAUUUCAGCUUCA